GUUUUGGCGGGAUUACGUUGCUUUCUUUAGCGUUGUUUGUUCUUUUCCUUCAGCUCAAAAUAUUCCCUAUUUUCUCUCUACUAUCGAAAUAUUUGCUGCAUUAAAAGGGUUCCUGCUUAAAAAGGAUGGCUUUGGAGGAAGAUUGGGCCUAUUGCACUAUGUGUCGCUCAGCCAGACAAGGUGUUUCUACACUACAUCGAGCAUCUUUAAGAAAGGUUGAGUGGCCUGAUCAGCCCAUGCAAUCGCUUCAAGUCUCAGAGGAGCCUACAAUCUACACUAGUAUCAAUGAUGCUUUUGACACUAUUCUCCAGUAUAUGAAUGUAUCAAGCCAACAGUGUAAGAGGUUCUAUAGAAACCAACCUAAAGGAAAAUGCAGUAAUGAAGACAAAAACCACAUAAGACGAUUCCACCAACCACAUUAUCCUAUACAUUAUAAAAGAAAUCCACUUCAGAAAUCAGAGGAUGUACAUGUUGAAGUUGUUCCUGGUAGUUAUGCUGUAACCGCUGGUCGAUGGGGUGCAGAACGUCAACACACACAUGUUGUCCGUAUAGAACCUGGUCAGACAGUGGAUCUGGCAUUUGCCAUAUAAUGCCAAGCUAUUUAGUCAUUCAUUUAUUAAGAGGCUAAUAAUGAUUAGAGCCUGCCUCAUAUUUCUGAUAAUACAACAAAAAGUCAUGCUUUUUAUACAUUUUUUAACAAAGUAUUUUUUGAUUUAUUUAAACUUUGUAAAAUAUCAGCUUUUUUAUUUUUUUUCUAUGAUCUUAGGUACAUCA